AAUGAGCAUUUGCAUGUGACGUAAAAGGGCUGCCGUAAAGUGGUAGCGUUGCUGCCAUCAAAUUAUUUGAUUAUUUGCUCAAAACAAUAACGUUUAUCAGUUUGAAAAUUGAAUAUCUUGUCAUACAAACAAAUGUAAGUGACUUGGUAUUCUGCAGCAAUACAGUAUUUGUCGUUUUUCUCUCUCCGGGGAUAAAGAAUACAUGCGCAUGAGUGUUGUUAUAUUGUGUGUUCCAACACCACUACAAAGAUGAUAUUCAUUAGUCUGUCUAUGGCAUUUCUCAUUAUGUUUUAGGAUUAGGCUAGCAGACUCAAAGGCAGUUACAUGGUUGUUUGAAAUACACAAUCUCUGUUUCACGUAUCAAACCGCUUGCAACCUCUUUUUUCUAGAAUGGUUCACAAUACCAAACUGUUUGUUGUGAAGUGAUAUGAGUUGAAUUACCUGGCAACAUAGAGUGCUUGUCGUAUCUCUUUUUUUUCUUUCUUGCAAGUCAAAGAAAAUAAUUGUCCAUACGACUGCUCAAAUAUAAGUAGGGUCACGUGUCUCAAGGCAUCUCUGUAUUUCGUAAUCUUGUACUUUUGGAUUUUGCUCUCCUGCCUUGCUUUCUGACCAAAGUGCCAUAUGUUCAGCUACUUUUAGGUGCCAGCGUUGUGUGAAGUGAUUGGUCCAGAGUGUGUUUGGAGCUACAAAUUGGGAAGUAUUUCCUGAUUGGUUGCUGUGAGCAGUGUGGGUCACUGUGGAGACUCUCAUACAAGUGUGGUCUUUCAGUGGUUGGGAACAGUGCUUCGUUUUCAUCUCACUUUCAUGUGGAGGCUCUGAGGCAGAAGGACCUGCCGUCACUUGGGGCUGCAAUGGCUAUGCCAUGGUUUUACUGUCUGCAUUUUGCGUUUAUUUGUCUUCUGCGUGUAACUGAUUGCCUCCAGUCAAAAUCUGAUAUCUGUGAUUCAAGUUGUGCAGCAUUCUCUACUUCUGAUAUGUCCUAUCAGAAAGGGGUGAGGUAUACUUACAGGUAUAAAACAACAAUCACCACAUCCUUGCACGGCUCGAAUGCAGGCAGAAAUGGACUGGCACUGGACUGUUUGGUUGAUAUUGAUGCCAUCUCCGAGUGUCAUCUAAUGAUGCAGAUAAGAAAUCCACAGAUAAAGCGACUUUCCCCUCAGAAGGACCACCCUGUGCCUCGGUUAAAAAGUUUACGGGAGUCGUUGGAGAGAACACCCCUGAAGUUCUGCCUCCAUGGGGGGAAGGUUUUUAACUUAUGCAUCCAGGAGCGGGAGCAGAUGUGGACGUUGAACAUUAAAAGGGCAUUUCUGAGCAUGCUCCAGACCUCCAACACAAAAUCCAAACAUUCAGAAUUGGAGACCGAUGUGCACGGGACGUGCGCCAGCUUGUAUGAAAGGCGAGGACGAUUACUGUUGAAAACCAGGUCUCUGAAAGAGUGUCACCAGUCAAGGCUUGCACAUUUCUGGACUCAUUCCGUGGCUCUAACAGGAGACACGUCAGUGCAAUCUGAGCUACGCUGUAUUCAGGCCUACGGCUCAGCAGUUAUGGAAGAGGCCAAUUGUACCGAAACUGUAUCCAUACCAACGUGGUCCAAGACUGGAGGGCAGGUGAAGAUGCAAACCGAGUCAACUUUGCAGUUGCUCAGAGCCCAGUCAGGCACAGUUGCAGGAGUAGAGUCUUUAGGUUGUGGGACAAAAGCUGAUUUACGGUUUGAGGACGAAGGAGCUGCAAGACCUGGAAAUAGUUUCACUCCUCACCAAGUCGUCCAAACUACCAGGAUGGUGUGUAGCGUCACAUCACAUCCACAAGAGGUGUCUCAUUGGUUUCUUGAGUUGACUUUUCAACUUAGAGAGCUAACUCUAGCGCAGCUCAAGACACUUUGGCGGGAAGCGUCUUUCAAGUGCCGCAAUGACUGGCAGCCCUUGUUGGACGCAUUACCCGCUUGUGGCUCAGAAAAUUGCAUCAUACUACUGACUGACCUAAUGAAGAAGAAAGAAGUGGAGGACGAACAGGCUCAUGCUUUCCUCACCACCAUUGCCCUCAUCCCUAACCCUUCGCCACAGAUAAUACACUCCCUCAAUACUUUAGUUAACGUCCAAGAGGUGCGAGACAAGGCUCUGCUUGUGGGAUCCUCCCUGAUCCAUCAACUAUGUCAGCGGUCCACUACACCCUGCGUUGACCUUUCUCAGGUACAGGCCUUCAUACAGAAACUCGAAGUGUCCUUGAAGGAAUGCCGUGAACCACAAAGUCCUGCGAAAGUGAGAGAGGUUAUUUAUGCAAUGAAAUCUGUGGGCAACAUGGGCCUGGCUGCUUCAAUCUUCAUCCCUCUGUUAAAUCACUGUGGACUCAACCAGUCAGCACCUUUGGAGCUCAGACUAGCUGCCAUCAAAGCCUUCAGGCGUUUUGAUUGUACAACUAAUAGGACUUUGUUGUUGCAGCUGUACCGCUCCUCCUUAGAGGAUCCGGAGGUCAGAAUUGCAGCAUACCAGGAGCUCAUGCGCUGCCCGGAUCAAGAUGUGUUUGAGGCGGUGAAGGUGAUCUUGAGAAAUGAAAACUCCAGCCAAGUGGGCUCAUUUGUGUGGAGUCACCUAACCAGUAUCCUGAGAAGCGAAGACCCCAUGAAGCAGACCCUCAUUGAUUCUCUACCUAAUGACAUAAUCAGCAAAGACUUUGAAUCGGAUUUUUUGAAAUACUCUUCUUAUUCAGACAACACAGUCACAAAUGGUAUGGGAAUCACAAAUGUGGAAACAACUCUUAUUUUCUCCUCCAAAUCAUUCCUUCCGAGGUCUGCAUCCACUAACCUUACAUUUUAUUUUCAUGGUCGGGCCAGCAACCUUCUAGAAGUUGAUUUUCACAUUGAAAAUGCUGAGCCCCUUCUGAAGAGCAUUUUGGGUCAGCUGAGUCCCUUCGCAAAAGAGGAACGCACAUCUUCACAUCAAAACGAUUCGGUGUCCAAAGAGGCGAGGGCGAGAGAAAAAAUAAACGAAGACCAUCUCAAGAGAGACGUUUGUUUAUCCAGCACCAGCAGUUAUCUGAAGCAGGCCAGGGCAUUGUUAUCCACCAGGCAAAAAAUGGAAGAGGUUCGCCUGAAGUGUUGGGUUGGCGUGAAAGUGUUUGGGAAUGAGCUCAGCAUGUUUACAUGCGACGAUCUCUCAGCGCAAAUGGACCAAAUGUCACUUAGCGCGGCGGGACUAGCUGUUAAACUGCUCAAGGGUCACGAGGUUCAGUUGAAUCACAGGGCUGUGCUCUUGACCGAAGAGUUGGUUCUGCCAUCUUUGUCUGGUUUACCUGUGAAAAUAGCAACCAAUAUGACUUCCUUUCUUUCACUGCGGCUCAAAGGAAGCAUCAACUACAGGGAUGUGUCGCACUUCUCCCUCGGUGGUUACAUUAAACCCAAUGCUUUUGUAGGCCUGUCAGCGAGGAUGGGAGUUGAUGGGGUCCUGGGUCAGGCUGCAGUCGGCUGGAUGUCUGAACUGGUGAGCUCCACUAGUCUGGAUGGGGGCGUCCACAUGCAGGAGGGGCAAGAUCUCAGAGUCACACUUAACACGCCAGAGGAUGCCAUGGAUAUCAUGUCCCUUUGCUCCCGAGUAUUUCAACUCAGUGGCGAUCACAUGGAGGAGAUUAAAGGACCAAAGAGUCGCAUCCAGCACACUGCCUGCACACCAAAGACCUAUUCAAAGAUGGUCGGCUGGCAACUUUGUGCCGAUAUGUCCCUCCCCUUAGCUUCUGGGGGCAUUUCGCUCCCGCCCUCAGGUCCUACCCACCUAUCCAUUCGGCUGCUGAAACUGGACAGAGGUCUCCAUUACUACUUGCUUGAGGCGGCCUACUCAAUGACCCCACUGAUAGGCAGCUGGUUCCCCAGAGAGGCUUCUUUGCACCUCCUUCUGGCUACUCCAAAGUCAUCCAUCCCCAGGGACAUGUCACUUGACCUGACCUUCGACCCUCGCAGAUUUUUGCUCAGGGUAUCACACCCUCUAAAAAGUAUCCUCGUACAAGGGCAACUCGAACAAGAGAGGAGUACAACGACUGCAAAACUUGAGCUAAUAAUUGAUGGUGUUCAUUAUUAUGUUUUGGCUCUGGUUGACAAACAGACUCUCAUCUCAGAACUUAUGACACGCUACCACUUUGAAGCCAACAUGGCUGACAAUCAAAAUCCAGUCAUUCUCUCCGCCAACGUUACUCGUGAACUGGGCAGGAAAAUGAGCUUUUCUGCCAUGAUGAAGAACGUGUUCAGACUACCCGCGUCACUUUCAGUGGCCCUGGAGCGAAGGAGGGACAGCCACAGCAGACAGUACUCUCUGGAAGCCGAUCUUCUCUUCCCCGAUGUGGUCGGCAGCAGAAUUCUGGGAAUCAUGGAGCAGAAAGGGACGCUGUGGAGUUCUGCGCUUCGUCUCAAAUAUGGGCUGGGCGAUGACGCCCGGCACCUGCAUCAAGAGUGCCACACAUCCCAGAGUGUCAAGAGUGAGAGGCAUGCUAACCUCACGUUCACGAUGAGAGCUGACCACGAGUUCUACUGUUCCAACACGGCUGCUAUCAACCACAAAAUCCAUUUCAGGCACGAAGAAAGCCCCAAUCAUGUGAGAUCAUCUGUGGAUAUGAGCUACGGUAAACACUGGGACGAGAUAAACAACAAACGCAUGCUUCUUCUGAGCCAGUCCUUUAAAAAUCAGACCACGCAAAACCACACCAGCUACAUAUUAGAGUUCAAUUUACAAGUUCCCGACAAAGAUUUAAACUACCGGACCCAGCUUUUGCAUUCCUACGUUCGACAACUGGGGUCCGACAGCAGUACUCAUCUUAAAAUCAACUACAACAACUUGACGCCUCUUGUGGUUGGUUUACACUGGAAAAGUCCUCCGAAUGACACGCCGCACAAGAAAUGGGAAGGAACAUUUAAUAUGGACACUCCGUGGCUAUACAUUUACACCACCCACAAGCUGAGUCAGCACCAUCACCACACGCUGCAGCUCAACUCUGAACUGACAGCCAACAAAUGGGUGACAAUCCGGAAUCUCAUCCUGGAGGCUUCCUACAGAGAUAGGGGUCGCGAGAAGGAGGCCCAUCUCAAGCUCCGCACUCCAGCUGUCACAUUCUUGCAAGUAGGAGGACUGGGAUUCAAGGGAAAGAAGAAUAUGAAAGCCUCCUGUUCUCUCACCUCCCUGUGGACUGCUCCCCUGAGAGGCGACAUCUCUCUGGAGACCCUGAAAUCCAGCCUCACCCUGCAGAUGUCUUCCAGCUACGGCAAACAAAACAUCACCUUCGCAGCUGCCCUGAACACCAUUGACAAGCUUUUGAAAAAGAGGCAAGUGAGACUGAGCGUGAGUUUAUUGGAGCCCAAGAGUCCCCCUACUGAGUUUGAGUUUGAAGGGACGUUGGAGGAACUGAUGAAGAACAAGAAGAUGUACCAAAAAACAGCAUUGCUGCAACUUAAACAGCCUUUCAAGUCAUUUCCUCAGAAGCUUCUCCUUAGGGAGACUUUCACCGUAGACCUCCUGAAAGGCCUUUACGUCCUGGAAUCAAGAGCCGGUUUCUUUGGCAUGAAAGAGAUCAUUCACACGCUGACCAUUGGCUCCAAGCCGCCAAGCCCUUUUGUUUGCUCUGCGCUGGUUCAUCCUUUCAACACUGAAACAUUUCCAUCAAACUGUGAGAUCUGUGUUAUCACCUCCAGCAACCAAACCCAGAAAUGCAUUCGAGGAUGGCUGCGGAUCGGCAGCCAAGAGAAGCUGAGUUUCUUCGGGGAACUUCUCUCGAAUUCAUUGCACCCGAAUCGGCAAGUGAUAAAAAUUCGAGCCAAUGUCACCCAUCAACUCGAGCUGCAAAUCCCUUCCUUUGCUUUGGUGGAAGGAGAUGUAUGCUGGAGCCCCCAAAACAACAGAGAAUUUGAUUAUGUAGUUCGCGGGAGACUAAAAAUUGAGAGACAGGAGUGUCAACUUUCAAUGCAGGUCAAUGGAACUUCAGACAAAAUUCUUCUUUAUUCAGCUCUCAGACAUCCUUUCAAAUCAAAGAUUCCCAAAUCACUGGAGGCAAAAGCAACUGCUAACCUGUCCACACCGGCUGGUAGAGGAAGUAGCUCCAUUUGUGUCAAGGCUGAUGGGAGGGACAAGCUGAUAUUGGAUGCGCAGGUCUCUCACUUAUUUCUGCAGGAAGACAAAUCAGUGCUACUGAGGCUCAACUUUUCGCAGAGUUUCCUGCCCGAACUCACUGACUUGCAUGUCAAAAUGGCCGCCCAUAUGUCUCGACAAAGGCACGUAUUGUUUCUCACUUGUUUUCCCCAGUUGAUCAGAAAGCAUUGAUAUCU